AUGCUACUACUGCCGGCGCCCGUUGCUCCCCUGCUCACCGCCGUCGCACGCCCGACGUUCAUGCCACCCACUUCUGCCCGCGCCGCAGCUCGGCUCCCGCUCGCGCCACACCGCCUGCUGCUGUCCCUGCCUCGCUUCUCGCUCCGCUCCGGCGCCGCACUCGCGUCGCUCGCUAGCCCCGGCUCGCGUCGUGACACGGCCUCCCGCUUCCUUGGCUGCAACCGUCGUGCGCACGCGCACCCGCAGCUCCUGUCGCCUCGGUCCGCUGCUGCCGGCCGCACCCACCGUCGACCGCCGCUCCCGCCUGCUCUCGCGCUUCACCGCCCACUGCUGCUCCCCCCUACCGCGUCGCCGCUCGCCUCGCCGUCUGUGGCUGCCGCUGCCGCCCCUGGUGCCACUCCGCCCCGGGUGUUGGCGUCGUCGUCCCGUGCCCCGCCUCCGCCUCUGGCCCCGCAAGCCAUCCCCGCGCCGGCGGCCAACUCCGGCACCCCGCCGCGCCCCUGCGGCCGUUGCCCGCGUGCCCGGGUCUGCCCCAUCGGGCGCCUGGCGCUGCACGCCCGUCGCCCAUUCGGGUUACGCUCCAGGCGCUCGCUAAGGCCCCUGGCCAAUGGCACGCGGGUCCACCCGAAAACAAAAAAUAAAUAA